AUGUUGAUAACUGAGCCUUUCAAUGAAGUUCAAACCAACCUUCGAUUGAUUCUUAAUUCUUAUUGGUUGGUAUAUUUCGAUUUAACUAUUCCUUUCUCUAAUAUGAAUUUUAAGAAUUUGUGGGAAAAAUCUCUUAAAGAAAGAAACUGGCCUAAACGCCUUGAACAGUUGGCUGAAGAUUUGAGUAAUUUAGCUCAAAAUUUGGCCAACCAAGGUCAGUUUGUUCGUCAACCUAUUCCUAUUCCUGUUAGGUCUGGAAAAGGUAAUGGUGUUGCUAGUGGUUUAAGGAAUCUUCAUGAUUCAUAUCUGUCGUUUUCAUUAGCAGAAGUCAGUAACAGUAAUAAAGGUGUCUAUCUGAAUCCUCAUUGGUUCCUUCAGCACCGUUCAAGUUUGGUUUCCGAUGGCCCUCAUGUGAAAUCAGUACCUCUUUUCCUUGGUCAUUUCUUAGGUCUUGCAGGUUUACUGCAGCUAUCAAUGUUGUCCAAGUUCUGUCUUAUCAAUGCUGCUAAAGAAAUGUUUACUACUAAAGCCAUUUCCAAAGUGGCCAUAACUACUAAAUCUUCACCUUCUUGUGGGUUGGCCACGGGUGCCAGUGUUUUGUUUGCUUCUGGGUGCUUAUUCAGUCACAUGCUUGUUAAUUUGAGAAAAUCAAGAACAAAAUGCUUUUCGAAUAUGUUUUCCAAUGCUAGAUCCUACCAUAGCUAUCAUCGUUAUAACUUCAACCAGCACCUGUACCAAUACUAUAACCAUUUUGAAUGGAGAUAUCAUAGAAAGAGUGGACUGAAUUUUUUCAAGUAUAAAAACUUUUUUGCACGUCGUUUCCAUUCAAAUCGGUUCUGGUGGAAAUACAAGCCAGCAUUCAUCUCUAUUAGAGAUCAGAUAUUUAACACCUCCAAGUUCAAAUAUGGUGGAUACAUGUUCCUGUACUUUAGUCAAGGUAAACCCCCAUUGGGCUUAGGUGGUGGUUACAAGGGUGCUAAUUAUGCUACAAGAACCUCUACGCAAUUGAGAUCCCUUUUAUUUGGUAGUGAUUAUUGUGAUCAACCAACAAUGGGACCUAAAGAGAAAUUUUCAAAACCUUCAAGAUUUGUAAAGGUGGACUCCACAGGUAAAUCCAAUCCUAUUCUAUCCUUGAAAUUUCCCAAAUCGGUAAUGUCUGUAUCCUUAUCACCAAGUUAUCAUCAAAUCACAUUGCAAAUGGCUCGAACAGAUUCUUCUGCAACUGUAGAAGAGAAAAUUGAAGCUGAUCAAUUAAUUAAUGGUUCAUAUAUUGAGUUUUCCAUUUUUGCAUCUUUAGGAUCAUCUUUUAAUCAUGAAACAGUUUUAUCUGAAGAAACAAUUGAUGAAUUGUUGGAUGAUUUGGAUAUUUUGAUCCAAAGAAUUCAAACUCUCAAGCAGGAUCUUGAGAAGAUUUUUGAAUUAGGUGCUUUACCCAUUAAAUUUAUCAAGUCACGUUGGGUGUUACGAGUUUAUUUCCCUAAUUGUGAACCUGAAAAGUUGCAAAAAUUGUGUCAAGAAAAGAAUGUAAUGGGUGGUACAAUUUUUGAAGAUUUAGAACAUUUGGGGGAUGCCGUGGUUGCUCAAUCAAGAAAGGAUUCUGUAUGUUCAACGCCCAAUCCUCCAGUAGAAACAGCAAGGGAACGUGAUACCAUGGAAGCUGCUGUAGCAAAUGUUUCGGAACCCUCUCAUGCAUUGACAGCAGGGUCUAUUGGGAUGUUUAAUCAAUUAGAUCAUGUUUCAUUCCCCUCGGAUGUACUUUCUACAUUUGAUAAUUCAUCUACAAUUUCAACUGAUAUAACCAAUGAUAUUAUUUCCCUUGAUCCAUUAUCAAAUGAAGAAAUUGUUCGUUUAGAUGAUGGGACGAAUCCUUUCAACGGGUUACCAAUGGAAACCAUACCUGUGUCAAUUGUAGAUUCAUUUUCGGAUGAAUACCAUUGGGUCACGAAGCAAGUCAAAAAAUAUUUGCCUUUACUUGAACCUCCAUCGUCUCACAUUGGUGAAGAAGUUGGAGGCAUCCUAAAGAGAAGAUGUCUUUCACAGAUUGAUUUAAACAACUUUGAUCUUCUUGACUCCGUACUUGAUGCGGAUUUUUUGCCAACUCCAAUACUGCUCCCUCUGCGGGACGCGUUUUCAUCAAUUUCAAGUACUAGCAGCGUUUGUGUGAAACCUUUAGACGUUCAAAUGUUCAUGAAGGCCUCCUUGGAUAGAUCGAAAGUCAUUUGUCAACGUCCAUUACCAUUAGAAUUAUUCAUUGGGGCAUUACAAGAUCCAUGCAAAUGUGAAGACACAAAUUCUGUGUUUCUUCAACAAUUAAACAUACAACUUAUAGCUACUACAGACGUUGUAAUUGAAAGUUGUAUCAGUACAACAGAAUUGUUAAGUACGAAACAAAUUAUAGAGGUGUUUCGUAUUCCACCUCAAAACUAUAAGUUUAAUUUGAGUCCACUUAGUCCGGUAACAUUUAAUUUUGACAAUGCUGAACUUAAAACACCACUAGGCUUACAAGUUCCUCCACAAAUUAUUGAGGCUGCUAGUAUUGGCAUUGGUGUAAUUCCUAGUUUCAAUUCAUGUAGAAGCAGAAGACACUACAAUCUUCGAAUUGAGGCUGGUUUUAGUGCCAAUCCAAUGUCAUUAUUUGCUGGUAAUAAUGAAAUUGAAACCCAGGUUCCUCAAAUUACCUUAGAGUUCAAAGAUGUCUUUGUUCAAAGUGGAUUGUCACUUCAAGAACAAUAA